AUGGCUUUCAUUCUUGGUGGCCCCCAAGCCUCAGAAAGAGAGCAGCAAGCUAUUAUGGACCUUGAUCCCUCCGAAUUCGUGUCGUUUUAUGAGCUAGACCCAACGUCGGAGACAAGAUGCAUAUACAUCACGCGAAAAGGGACCAGGUGCAAAUGGCAUUGUCAACUGGCACCUGGCGAGAACACCAGGGCGCGUGAACUUUACACAAGGUUCACCACCAUGCUCGACGUUCCCGACCUAGAUCAACUCCAGGAGUAUGCAAGACUCAACUGCUGUGGACCCAAACCGACAGGAGCACGGCACCAGAACCAAAUCGAGGACAGGGGGAAUCUGGAGCCGCUGGCGAUGAAGUGGCAGGACGAGAUACAACAAAGAGACGCAGAAGAAAUGGUCAGGCACCACACACGCAGAAGUUCUCGAGAUUUGUCCCAGGAGCAGCCAAGUCCUUCGAUCAACACACCCAGCCUCAAUUCACCAGCAUCCAGCGCCACCAGCUCCAUCUCGACGACUACCCCCGCCACAACACGAUAUAACCUCCGCAGUCGCCCUGAUUCUGGAGCUCCAGGACACUCCACCACCCCAAGCACUAAUCCCCCCGCCCCGCUCUCCGAGUUCCGUGGGCACGUCGAGGAGCCCAAGGAGACGGUCACCUCCAUGUUCCGCCGACCACUCCAAGAUCGGGACCUUGAGUCCGGCCGGCUAUACGCCUUUGACCGUGAAUCCUCGCCGGGUUACGUCAAGAUCGGCUGGACUGCAAAGUCGGUCCAGGGUCGCCUGGAAAGCUGGUGCAAGUGCGGGUAUGAGCCGCGGCUCGUGCACGCCACCGCGACCAUGCCGCACGCCCAGCGCGCCGAGACGCUGGUCCACUACGAGCUGGUGCGCGAGUGGCGCGCCGAGCGUUGGUGCCGGCCGUGCGACAAAACGCACAGGGAGUGGUUCGAGGUCGGGCGGGAGAGGGCGAAGCAGGUUAUCAAUGGCUGGGCCACGCUCCUUACUGUGGCAAAUCCGUACGGUGAGAACGGCACGCUGAGGGAUGUAUGGGUCGGCGUGAUUGAUGGUGUUGCUAGGGAUGGUGUAAUGGCGACUGCGGAGGAGUUGCUGGCUCGCUAUGCCCUGGUCCAACCGCCACGCAUUGAGAAAGCAGGUCAAGCCGCCCCUCGGUCUACCGUGACAGCCAUUCCGUCACCUCCUGCAACACCCCCGCCCAUAUUCCGCUUUUCUAUGGGACAGCCGAGUCCCUCCCAGCAUCUCGAAUCCCACACAACAAGCUCAUCGUCAGCCUCUCAACCGCAGCCCCGGCCUGAGCCAAAGCCUUUCCAGUUCAGCCUUCAAGAUACACAAUGGAUCUCGGCGUCGACGCCCGUGGUGGAUGGCAAGGCCGCGGCCCAACGCGGGUCAGAGCGCCCGAGGGUGCCCGUCAGGGCGGCGUUGACGACAACCCGUCCACCGCGCCCGGCAGGUUUCUCGCCCAGCCUGAAAAUUCUCACGCAAUGUGCGGCGUUUGGUUGCGCGAAGGGUGGCGUUGGAGCGCCCGCCCCGGCAGCCGACUGGAAUAAUGGUCCAGUGAGCGAGGUGGUGAAGGAGUGGUUCAAGUCUGCCGAGCCGCAUAUGGUGCCCUUGCCACCCUCGCCGCCGCUGACGCCGAUUACCGUGCCCGUCGGGCUUUUUAUUUAA